AUGCGCGCGGUGCCGCUGCUGCUGCUGCUACCGCCGCUGCUGCUGCUGCUGCUGCUAGUGCUCCUGGCCGCGCCCGCCGCCCGCGCCAGCCGUGCCCAGUCCGCAGCGGCGCCGCAGCCAGAGCAUCGGCCGCCGGGCUUGGGGCCUGUGAACGCCACCCGGACCGGGUCUGAGGAGGAGGCGCUGGCAGGCGGCGGUAACUCCAAUAGCAGCGGCGACGCUUUGGUGACCCGCAUCUCCAGCCUGCUCCGCGACCUGCCCACCCUGAAGGCGGCAGUGAUCGUGGCGUGCGCCUUCACCGCCUUCCUCAUCGCCUGCCUGCUGCUGCGCGUCUUCAGGUCGGGAAAGAGGUUGAAGAAGACCCGCAAGUAUGACAUCAUCACCACUCCGGCCGAGCGAGUAGAAAUGGCCCCACUGAACGAAGAAGAUGACGAGGAUGAGGACUCCACAGUAUUUGACAUCAAAUACAGGUAAAGCCUGUUUUCCAGCAGGUUGGCGUCCUGUGUGGAAAGUUGAAUAGCUGCAGCCUGAGUGUGGAGGAUCUGGAAGCCGUCUUCUCCAAAGAACUGAAACUAAAACAGACAUUUAUGAAACUCCGGCACGUUUGUGUGUAUGAAACACCUGCUCAGAAUGCCACUGCAGGGGAAUCACCUCUCCCAGCCUCUGGACACCCCUUUGAAAUGUCACCCUUUCUUCCUUCUGAAGAAGUCAAAGGGAGAAACAUGUUGACUUAAAAAAUAUAUUAAUUUGAAAGCUACUGUUGACAAAAGUAAAAGAGAUCAGAAGUUACAAGAGCCCCCCCAAAAAGCCUGCAGGAUAUCUGUCUGUGUAUUUAGAAUUUCUGACACCCUGCUCUCCUGGAUGACAUUCUAACCCUCUAAACCUUUGGUGAUCUUCUUCGGCUUGGUCAAGUUCUGGCCUUAUCUCGGGAAUGACUGUGUGAAAGUUCAAAGUGAAAAUGCUUAGAGCUGGUCAGCCCAUAGCAGAAAUAUACACAUUUGUGGCCCCUUCCCUUCCCUUCUUUUUUCUUUUCUUUUCUAAAGGGUUCAGCAGGAUUAGACAUAGCUAGUUCACAAAGAAUUUUGAAUAUCAGGGACUGUAUUUGAAGUUGGUCUUGGCCAGGCUGGACUAGAAACCCACUGAACUCAGGAGGUACCACAGGUGUGGGGCAGGGGUUCAGGUGGCUUCUGGGAGCAGGGACUUGGGCUGACUUCUCAGGUUGAUAGAGGCUCCUGCUUCACUGUUCCCCCAGGGUCAAUGCUUCUGCUAAAGUCGACUGGCAGUGCCCUUGGGACCCUGGGACUCUGUUCCCUCCGGAAAGGUGUUUUGUACUUUUAAAAAAAAUCUCUUUUCUUUUAUGGCCGUCGGCAGGGUUUGUGUAUUUGCCUGUUGAUUGCACCAUUGCUUUGGAUGAAAACUCUAGCCUUUCCCUGGUCACCCCUUUUUCAGAUUCUUCAGUUUCCUGAGAAGGGGCUGCCGGAACUGUAGGGUCCCCUGGUUCCCGAGGCCCCCUGGGCACAGUGCUCUGCAGCCCUGGCCUGUAAGGAUGGUACGUUGGCCUCUGCAGGAAAGAGGGGGACCCUUGGGGAGACCAUUAUGAGAACAGUGCUCGCUGCAUGGGACACACGUGGCAUGCCUGCUCCUCCCUGAUUUCACUUCCUUGUUGACUUUCCUUUUCUCUGUCCUGUUUGCCAGAGGGCAGGCCUGCUUUAUCGCUCCCUUCCACGGUGCGCUCAUGGGCCAGACUGGUGACUAAAUGGGACCAGCCACGUAGCAGCUGUGCACCCUCUGAACCUUUGAACUGGAACUGUGGCUCACACUUGCCUUUCUGACAACUGCCAGGGAAUGAUCAGUGGGAAAGCUGGCUUCCUCUGGCUUACAAACACCGGCCCCAGCUGCCAGGCACUCAUCGCCAGGCCUGGCAGAAGCAGUGGAGAAUGACCUUCCAAAUUCUGGAGCUUCAACACUAUAGGAUCUUAAAUAAAACAAACAAGCAAACAAUAACAGCAGCAACAAACAAGCCCUUUGGUGGGAACCAUGUGUGUAUUGGUAUUUGGAUGUUUUUGAGAUUGAGCCCAGCAAGGUGACACUUGGUGAUCAGGGAUGAAGGCGCAAGGCUGGAGGGGGAGGAGGUGGGACCCAUGGGAGGUGCCUGGACCUGGUGGUUUAGGAAAAAACUUAGAAAUAAAAUGGCCCUUGUUGGGGGAGCAAGCUGCUAUUCCAUAUUAGUUUACAUCCUUAGGUCCAUCUAAUCAUUUCUUGAGAGCAGCCUCUUUGGUUAGUAAAUACUGAACCCUCAUUGUUUUUGGAGAAUCUUAGGAUAUCUCCAAAGAAUAGAGAACUAGUUGAGUCAAAAACUGCUGGCUUAUUACUGCCUCUCCUACUGGGCUUGGCAUAAGCUUUCUAGGAGUGGGAACAGGAUAGGUUCAGGUUGGCUUAAUAUGCCAGUGAGUAAGCUCCAGAAAGAAAAGGUCGUUGGCUUCCAUUCUAACAUGAGGUCCUUCGAUGAUAUGGAGAUGCUGGUGGGUGAGGCCUUACUAUCCCAAGGAGCUGUUCCUGUUCUCUGCCUUGUAAAGGUGUCCGGGGGGCUCUUUCUUGAUUUCAGGUUGUUUUUACAGUUGUCCUCUGUACCUUUUUCUCUGAUCUCUUCCCUUGUGGUUUGUUCUUCUUUAGUGUUUUGUGUAGGUUCCUUUCUCUUUGUGUAUGUUUUGUAGGUUUUUGGUUUGUGGUUACCCAUGAGGUUUAUGUAUAUCAUUCGUUAUAGCAGUCUAUUUUAAGCUCAUUGACGUUUAAGUUCCAAUAUAUUCUCUAAGGACCACACUUUUACUCCACCGUACAUGCUUCAUAUUAUUGAUGUCAUAGUUUAAAUUUUUUUGUGUUGUGUAUCUCCUAGCUACUUAUUGAAUUUGAUACUUUUUUCUUUUAACCUUCGUAGUAGCUUUUUAAAUGUGUGAUUUGCUGUAUUUAUUGAAUAUUUAGUUUUAUCUGUGAAGUUUUUCCCUUUCUCAUAUUUUCUUAUUUCUGACUAUGGCCUUUCCUUUUCUACUUAAAGGUUGGCCCUUUAGCAUUUCUUUUAAGGUUGGUUUAAUGGUGAUGAUGAAGUCCUUUAGUUCUUGCAUGCCUGGGGAACCAUUUCUCCUUGAAUUUCUUGUUGGGUAAAUUAUUAUAGGUUGCAAGCUCUCUUGCUACUUUGUACACUCUCGCUCUUUGUAAAAAAUAGAUCAAGAACUGUAUUGUUGGAUGAAAACAGUGCCUGUUCAUGGAUUCCAUGCUGUAGUACUCCCUCCCCAAUUAUUGACCCAAUCUGCCUGGUCUGGGGCUUUCUUCCAUCUUGGCAAGAUGAAGAGAUUUCCCAGAAGUUUUCCCAGAGUGUGGACCAAGUAUCAGGGAAUAGGCUUUAGUGCCCAGUAAAAACCCUGAAGCAGCUGGGGUUCUUCAGCUUAUCAUGUAUCAUACUUGGCUCUUCUAGAAUCAAGAGAGAAGUUAGCAGACCCCAUUCAACAAAGAGAAGAAUUCUUGAAAGAGGUCCUGCCACUCCCUUCUAGCCUGUAAAGUUGCUGAUGAGAAAUCAGCUGACAGACUUAUAGGGUUUCCUUUAUAAGUAACUGGUUUUUCUCAUGCUUCCUUCAAGAAUGUCUCUAUCUUUAAAUUUUGUAUUGACGUGGGUCUCUUUGGGUUCCUUUUGCUUAGAACUCUGUGUUUUCUGGAUCUGGAUGGCUGUUUCCUUUCCCAGGUUAGGCAUGUUUUCAGCCAUUAUUUAAAUAAAGUUUUUGUGUUUUUAUUUCCUCUCCUCUGGGAUCCCUACAAUGCAAAUAUCUGCAUGUGUGAUAUUAACCCAGAUGUCUCUUAGAUUAUCUUUUUUUCCUUGUUUUUAAUUCUUUUUUCUGUUGUUCUGACUGGUUGAUUUCCACUAGUCUGUCUCUAGAUCACUGCUUUGAUCUGUAUUAGCUAAUCUGUUGAUUUCUUCUGUGUUGUUCAUUUCAGUUACUGUGUAUUCUUCAGAUCUGCUUGGUUCGUUCAUAUACUUUCUCUUUGCUGAAGUUCUAAGUUCCACUAUUCUACUUUCAAGUUUGAUGAGGACCCUUAUGCCCAUUUCUUUGAAUUCUUUAUCAGGCAAAUUAUUUCUAUGUACUUAGGGGUGUUUUUUUUUCUCCUGGAGAUUUUUCUUAUUCCUUAAUUUGAGAGAUGUUGUCUCAUUUUGUUUGACUUUCUAUGUUUGUUUAUAUGAAUUAGACAAAAUAAAAUUGCUGUCCUUUCCAGUCUUGGAAAAGCGGCCUUCUAUAGAAGCCGUCUCUAUGUAGUCUGUGUAGCAGGUGGUUUUGACAGACUGGUAAAAGCUGAGCGGGUGCGUAAGUCCAGGGCACUGGACCACCGAGCAGGAGGGGCUCUGGGCGGGGAGGGCAGCUGUGUGUAAUAAUGCCCCGCUGGUCCUGCUUGCUCUUUGUUCUGGUAGAAAUGGGCUCCACUCUGGCCACGUAUCCAGAAAUACACCCCAGCAACCUUGCACACAGGCCAGAGCACGCAGACAGAGCCCCUGCCCACCCUGUGGAGGUGGUGCGGGGGGGAUGAAAACCAUACAGAUCACCAGCCUUUCUAACCCCAGAGGGCUCCGGAGGGUCCUCUCUCUCUCUCUCUCUGGUUGCAUUAAAAGUGAUCCGUGUAGAAGCGACUUCGUGCGGCCUUUUGUUCCGGGAGGUUGUGAGAAGCCGUGUGGCGAGCAUGCGCUCUUGACACCUGGAGCUGAGGCUCUCAGGAGGAGCGGGUGGUUGUGGGAAGCCGCGUGGAGCUAAGCAUAUGCUCUGGGCAUCUGUGGCACGAGACUGAAGGAAGGAGCAGGUGGUUGUGGGAAGCCUCGUAAAGCCGAGCAUGCGCUCUCGGCACCUGGGGCACGAGCUUCACAAGAGGAGCGGGUGGUUGUGGGAAGCCGCGUGGAGCUAAGCAUAUGCUCUGGGCAUCUGUGGCACGAGACUGAAAGAAGGAGCAGGUGGUUGUGGGAAGCCUCGUAAAGCCGAGCAUGCGCUCUCGGCACCUGGGGCACGAGCUUCACAAGAGGAGCGGGUGGUUGUGGGAAGCUGCGUGGAGCUAAGCAUAUGCUCUGGGCAUCUGUGGCACGAGACUGAAGGAAGGAGCAGGUGGUUGUGGGAAGCCUCGUAAAGCCGAGCAUGCGCUCUCGGCACCUGGGGCACGAGCUGGAAUGGAGGAGCGGGUG